ACAUCAUCAUCCCCAAUCUCCGAAGCUUCUUCUCCGAUUCAACUCUCUCUCUCUCUCUCUCUCUCUCUCUCUCUCUCUCUCUCCAAAUCCCCAUUAAUUCUCGCGCGGAGCCCGCGAGGAUGGUGUAAUAGAGGCUUCGGAGCCUCUUUUGGGGAAACGGGGGAGAUGGAGGGGAACCGGAGCUGGGAAACGGCGAGCAACCGCAGCGGGAGAUCGUCGUCGGCGAGCCUCGCCGCCGCCGCCGCCGCCGCCGCGGCGGAGGGGGAGGAGAGGGUUUACGUGGCGGUGGCGGAGGAGAUCAAGUAUGGGAAAAACACUCUGCUUUGGGCUCUUCAGAACGUUUCCAAGGACGCGAGGAUCGUUAUCGCCCACGUUCAUGUCCCCGCCCAAAUGAUCCCCUUCAUGGGGGCCAAGUUCCACGCAAGCAAACUAAAACCGCAGGAGGUCGCCGCAUACAGGCAGCUUGAAAGGGAGAAGAUGGUCAAGAGUUUGGAUCAAUACCUCGUGGUAUGCUCGAAAGUUAAGGUUAAAGCUGAGAAACUAGUGAUCGAGAUGGAUGAUGUUGCUAAAGGGCUUCUGGAGCUCAUUUCUCUUCACGGAAUUACCAAGCUUGUCAUGGGUGCAGCAGCAGACAAGCAUUACUCAAAGAAGAUGAAUACACCGAAGUCCAAGACGGCAAUUGCGGUGUUGCAAAAGGCUGAUCCAUCAUGCAAGAUAUGGUUUGUUUGCAAAGGGAACUUGAUUUACACCAAGGAGGCAGGUUUCGAUGCACCGGGUAUAGCGCCUUCACCUUUUUCUAGCUCAAGCUCAAUGUCCAGCCUCUCAGAUAGGUUGAGGUCAUUAACACUACCUCAGGGGCAGGGGUCCACUCCGUUGUCGAGCUCGCAGGGAAGCAUUAGGCAAGAUUAUUUCACGCAGAGGUCGAGAAACGACACGCUUGCUGCUCUUCCUGCAGGGCUACAUCCUCGAGGGCCUGAUCAGGUAACACUAGAUCGUAGGUUAAGCACCAACAGUUCAAUUGAUCCUUGGGAAGGGAUCUCGAGGAGAACUUCGCGCACGUCAUCAUCUACGAGCGAUGAAGUGGUUAGCAACUUGGGUCCAGUGCAAUUAGCUCGGGAAGAGGAGAGUGAAGUUGGGUCGGUAGUGUUGCCUUCGGUGCACGAGUCCGAGGAGGAUCAUUUUUCAUCUCCGCGCCAUGAACUGGAUGACAUGGGGUUGGAUGCUGAUGUAUAUGAUAAACUCAGAGAAGCCCUCGCAGAAGCUGAGAACCUAAAGAAUGAAGCUUUUGAGGAAUCGCGCAGGCGUAGGAAAGCUGAAAAAGAUGUGAUCUUGGCUCUUCAGAAAGUGAAAGAAUCUGAGAACUUAUACAAAAAAGAGGCAAAAAGGAGGAAAGAAAUCGAGGAGUCUCUUGCAAAAGAAAUGCAGGAGAUAGAACUGCUCAAAAACCAGCGAGAUGAAAUCGCCGAACAGCUCCAAAAGGCAAAUGAGCAGAUGUUGGCACUGGAACAGCAGAUCACCAGUUCUGAUUAUGCUACCAAGGAUCUUGAAGAGAAACUGUCGGCAGCAAGGGACCUCCUCCAUUCGCUGCAAGCAGAGUUUGAUAAUUUGCAGCGCGAGCGAGAUGAUGCUGUUAAAGAGGCCGAAGAAUUACGCAAGAAGAGGGAGCAGAUGAGUUCCGACUCUCAUGGGGCCUUGAACUCCGAGUUUUCCUUGUUGGAGCUAAAGCAAGCAACUCAAAAUUUCUGCGAGACACUGAAGAUAGGAGAAGGCGGCUUCGGAAGCGUUUACAAAGGCUUUCUACGCAACACCACCGUGGCUAUAAAGAAGCUGCAUCCUGAAAGCUUGCAAGGCCAAUCAGAGUUCCAACAAGAGGUUGCUGUCCUCAGUAGAGUGAGGCACCCGAACCUCGUCACCCUGAUCGGAGCAUGCUCGGAAGCAUCGGGCCUCGUCUAUGAAUAUCUACCAAACGGAAGCCUCGAAGACCGUCUAGUUUGCUUGAAUAACACUCCACCCCUCACAUGGCAAGUCCGCAUCCGGAUCAUCGGGGAGAUUUGCUCCGCGCUCAUCUUCCUCCAUUCCAACAAGCCCCACCCUGUCGUCCACGGGGAUCUCAAGCCCAGUAACAUCCUCCUCGAUGCUAACUUCAUCAGCAAGCUCAGUGACUUCGGCAUCUGCCGCCUGCUGAUCCAAUCGAACACCACCACCACCACCCUUUACCGCACCACUAACCCCCGUGGAACGUUUGCUUACAUGGACCCUGAAUUCAUUUCCACUGGCCGGUUGACUCCGCGAUCCGAUAUCUACUCCUUUGGUAUCAUCAUUCUGCGCCUGUUAACGGGGAAGCCUCCCUUAGGGAUUGCAAGAGAAGUGGAGGACGCCGUGGAGGACGGUAACUUGCACUCGAUGAUUGAUUCGACGGCUGGAGACUGGCCUUUCGUGCAGGCCAAGCAGUUGGCACACAUUGGAUUGAGGUGCGCGGAGUUGAGCAGGAGGCGGCGGCCCGAUCUCGUGGAGGAGGUGUGGAGAGUGGUCGAACCGUUGAUGAAGGCUGCUUCGUUGUCUGCAUCGCCGCCGCCGUCUGGAUCUGUCUUGGAUGAGCACCGUAUACCGUCCUACUUCGUCUGUCCAAUCUUUCAGGAGAUCAUGAGGGAUCCGCACAUCGCCGCGGAUGGAUUCACAUACGAAGCCGAGGCUAUAAAAGGGUGGCUCGACAGCGGCCACGAUACGUCGCCGAUGACUAACUUAAAACUUCCCCACUGCGAGCUCAUUCCGAAUCACGCCCUUCGUUCCGCCAUUCAGGAAUGGCUUCAGCAGAUGCAGCUGCAGCUGUGAUUGAUUUUUUUUUUUUUUUUUUUUUCGCUUUUCCUAUUUCAUCUUUUGGAAGUUCCUUGCAUUUGUUAAAUUUGUUUCCGAGUCUCUGCUCUCCUUUUUCGUUCUUUUUAACUUUGCACUAAACAUGUCAAGUGUGAAUAUUUGUAUAGGAAAAGAAAAAAGAGUAGAUUGUUGUAUUGUGUGACUUACAAUUAAAUAUGUGCGCUUUGGUUCAACUGCCA